UUAUCUUUCAGUGAUUAACGUGUGAAAGGAGCAGAAUGAUCCACUUCUCCUGUGAAGACUCGUUAAUGGAGGAUCUGCAGACCCCGACCCGCCGCCGCUAGUCUCCCCCGAAGCUCCGCAGCCAGAGGCGGGUUCGAUGCCCGCGGCCCCGACGGACACGAACCAGCUGUUCACACCCGGGCGGAGAGCGGCCGUGUCCCCGCAGUGAGUCGCCAGCUGAACCGACUCUUCUCCAGGAGGCGAGGAGCAGAAACAACAUGGCUGACCUGCACGUCGUGGACCCGGGCGCCACGGGCACCAUGGGGCCGCCCGAGCACCGCGAGCUCCGGGGCUCCGUGCGGCUGGCGUCGCCCCCUCUCCUGGUCCCUCCGCGGGGCAGCCAGCUCAGCCCGGGCCCGGGGUCCGGAGGAGGAGGGCGGUCGGUGUUCGGGUUCCCGGGGAAGAGCAGCCCCGUGUCCCCGGGGUCCGAACCCGCGGACCAGCCCGGAUCCCGGUGGGUCCGGCUGAACGUCGGUGGGACCUACUUCAUCACCACCAAGCAGACGCUGUGCAGGGACCCCAAGUCCUUCCUGUCCCGCCUGUGCCAGGAGGACCCGGACCUGGACUCCGACAAAGACGGCACAGGAGCUUACCUGAUCGACCGGGACCCCACGUACUUCGGUCCCAUCCUGAAUUACCUUCGCCACGGAAAACUCAUCAUGGACAAAAAUCUGGCUGAGGAAGGGGUUCUGGAGGAGGCGGAGUUCUACAACAUCGUGUCCCUGGUGAGGCUGGUGAAAGAGAGGAUACGGGACAACGAGAACCGGACGUCUCAGGGCCCCGUGAAGCACGUGUACCGAGUACUACAGUGCCAAGAGGAGGAGCUCACACAGAUGGUCUCAACCAUGUCGGACGGUUGGAAGUUUGAGCAGCUCAUAAGCAUCGGCUCCUCAUAUAACUACGGCAACGAGGACCAAGCGGAGUUUCUAUGUGUAGUUUCCCGGGAACUCAACAACUCCUCCAACGGCAUCGUCAUCGAGCCUACGGAGAAGGCCAAGAUCCUGCAGGAGCGAGGCUCGCGGAUGUGAAGAGGCUCCCGAGAGAAACAUCACGAUCAACUAAAUCAAAACAACAACAUAAACCUUUUCUCCCCCCUCCCCUUCACCUUUCUGCCAUCACUAACACCUUCAUCAUCGUCAUCAUCAUGGAGGCCCAGCACAGAGCUACUACUCAUCAUCAUCUUCAUCGAUACUUUCAUCAGGAAAUUCGCUCGCUCUGAUACGUUUGGCUCCGUCGACUACGAACAAACCUCCUCAGGACUCUCACAGGACACAAAGGAAUGAACACAACUCCACUGACUGAGCCUCCCGCUUUACCUGAUUCUGUUAAUGGAGCAGAAAUCGAACGCCCGCCGUGUCCCAGACUCUGAGGCGAGUCCCGGCAAAACAAACCAAGCCGGGUGUUCCAGAGGUGGAGGACGAGCCGGAGCACGACGCCGAUCCCUCCGUUUGCCUGGUGCAGCCUUUUCUCUUCAUUCUCUGGUCUUUGGAAACAGCUGACACCAGUGACAGGUUCUCCUCUCUCAGACGCCCUGUGUGGAACCGCUGUGGGAACGCCGCUGCUGGGAGGUCGCAGCCCCUGGCUCCUCCUGUUUCCCGUCUACAAGCUCGAUCUGAUCUGUUCCCACUGGGAGAAAAUUUGGGAAAAUUGAACACAAAACAAAAGACUCAAAAAGACUUCACCUGUGUACGAUGUGUCAAGGCAUGUGAGGAAUCUAUAUAAAUCUAUAUAGGCUACAUGAUGAAACUAUAUGAAAAAUUGAAUGCAAAUGGUGUAAUUAUUGGUUUCUGUAUCAUAGUUGUUACAUAUUUACAUAUUCUGGAGGGUGGGUUUAUUUAAACGAUGGAGAAAAGAUCUGUUUUCCUGGAGGUUUCCCAGCCGAUCACGUGUGUGUGUGGGUCCGUGUGCCGCUCUGCUUUCUGUCCACGACUGAAAUAUCACACGUUUCUCAGCUGCACGUUUUCUGAAGUGUUCCUCAAAACAAAAUUGUCACCGAGUUUAGUCUUAAAUAUCCUAAGUUGAUCUCUUGCAUAUCUCAAAAUUGUCAUUAGGGGACAAGGAAAACGACUUCCUGUCGCUGCCGUGUGUCCAGACGAGCGUGGCUGGGGAUCGAACAGUGGCCGGUCUGUAUGCUGCCUCAAACCCCCGAAGCCCCCCCCCCCACACCCCCCCGGCUCAUAUUCAGUCCCUCAUCUCCACACCCAGGCGACUGUGUUGUCUUACGUUCUGCAGCACUUGUAGCAACUGUGGCGAAAGCUGAAUCGUUCUCCUCGCGCUUACAGCCCCGAGAUACCUGAGCUCACGUGGUCACAGAGACGUGCGUCCUGUCGCUGAACCCGUCGGACGGGACGUGUGUGUCCGGCUUUCAGAGGGAAGCCUUUAUUUCAGACGUCAUGUGAUUUCUCUCUGCCAGCACAUGGGGACUAACAUGGCUCAAGUACGUUUCUCUUGAAGUACACUUGACAUUACGUUGCUGUGUGAUGAUGCUGCUUUUAACACUCGUUACAUCUGACCAAGAUGCAAAUACAGAUUUUUAUUGUUAAAGUCAAUUGUUAUCAGUACAAAUAUAUACAAAUCUGUUUUCAAUUUUUGUUAAUGCUCAAAAGAAUUUAUAUUACUUUUAUGCAAGUAAAACGGAAUCAAAUUCAGCUUCUGAUGCACAGUUUCCAAAACUGGGCUAAAAGAAACCAGAGCCAAAGCAUUGAUUUGGUUUUGUAUUUGUUGAUAAAUGUAUUUGAGGGUUUUAUUCUUUUCUAACUUUGUUCCCUUAUAAAUUCAAUAUAUUUGGGUUAUAGAUGUUUGUUCGGACAAAAUGAGGCAAGUGAACACGUCUCUUUGAUUCUGUUAUCGAUAAAAUAUCAGUUAAUCAGUAAAAAAUAAUCAACUUAUUAGUUUCAUUUCUUAUUCUAUGAAAACACAGCAAAGCAGCAAAAUCUUACUUCAACAAAAAAACUGCAAACAGUUGAAUUUGUGUCAUUUCUGCUUCGUCAACGACUAAAAAUGUUAAAUUAAGACUAGAUGAGUUGACUGGAGUGAGCGCAGCCUCGUCACACGAGCAACUUAAUGCAACGUUUGACUCAUGUUCACACAUAUCAGGCUGGAAAUGGAAACAGCUCAUUGUGACCCGUCGUGCAGACCGGACGUUUCCUCACCUUUCUGCCUGAGGGGCGUCCGGUCUGCACGCGGCCGACACCGAUCCCUGGCAUCGAUCACUUUGAUACGCCACCUUUUGUACAAAGAGCAUAUUUGAUGCAGUUAUGUUAUUUCAAGCAUGAACAAAAAGAAUGUGUUUAAUGGGAAAAAAAAUGUACCGUUGCUGUUGUCAUGCUCCGUCAGGCCUCAGAGCUCCAUCUUUGAUGUGACUUCUUCUUCGUUGUUUCAUUUUUUUAUUUCCCCUCUCAAGUGUGUGUGUGCCGUGCAGUUUUCUUCUUCUUCUCCGAGACGUGUUCUGCUGAAAACGUCUCAUCGAGGAGCCUUUUGUUCUUCUCCCUUGUGUUUUUUCUCUCUGGGCCUUUUGCAAAGCACCUUAGGUGUUGUUUCCCUUUGUGUGUGUCCAGUGUUGUGCCUUUGACCUGUGUUGUGCACAGUUGUUCUCCCCUAUUAUCAUAAGGUGCCUCGCAUACCUUUAAAAAAAGCCAGGAGGCGCCGACCCGAGGUAAAAGGUUUUAACGCGGUUUCUGUGGUUGGUGUUUCGGUGAGAGGCAAAGCCAAACGGUUCCAUUAUCCUUGCAUCGAUAAAGACGAUCAUCUGCUUUCUUUGUGCCAUUGAGUUGAAUCCCGUGAACUCCCGGAGAUUCAGACCCGUGUGUCUCUGCUGUGAACCCUGGUGCUUGGUUUACAGAACCUGUGAAUGGGAGGGAAGCUUUUAUCUUAGUAAAACUCCAGCAGUGCACUUGUUAUCAGAAAUCCAUGGAACUAUAGACUCCACGUUAUUUUGGCUUCACUCUUUCCUCUCGCUGACGCCACCUCCACCCUCCGAUUUCUAGAUGUGUGUAAUCGAACUUUAAAGCACUUACUGUACCUGUCACCUUUGUGAACCCAGUUUGAUCUUAGCGUUGGUUGCGUAGUUCAGUGGCUCCCGACCUUUUUGGUGAGUUCAGCUCCUCGAAGAGAUCGUUAAGAGACGGUUAACGAGAUGUGAAGUGAGAGGAAAAACAUAUUGUUUUGUACAGGAAUUCAUGGUCCCAUAGGUUGAACCUUACAGACUGAACUAAUGACGUGACUUUUAAUAUCACUCGUUAAUUUGCAGCUAACAAAGCGACUCUCUCACUGGUAUCGUUGUUGAAAACUCUUUUCUUGUGAAUUAUCACAUGAUUUAACUUCUUUGGGAAUCAAGUGGAACAGUGGGAAGUGAAUCCCUGUCCCCUUGAACUGGUUUCACCUGGUAAACACAUGCGACUUUUGAUGAAGCCUUUGAUUCAAAGCCUGAAAGGUUGGGUCCCACUGACGUAGCUGAACUUUGUAGUGCAGUUAUCGUAAUAGCAACCAUUUAAAAAAAAAAAAAAAAAUUAACUUUCUUUAUUAAUUUUUACUUUCCCCUGCACUAGCUUGACGACAGAUAAUGUGCAAUGUUAACAAAUCUGCAAAAAAAUUAUACAUAUAUAAAUAUAUCUGUUGUUUGGGCACGUGAAGACAUGAGAGCAUGUUGUUCUAGAGAUUACGAUGUUGUGUACUGGAUUUUGUCCGACCUCUGUGGUAGUGCGAAGUGUACGUGAUGCAUGGGGGGGGGGGGCAUGGCUCUGUGGGUCGUAGGUGUAGACGUGUGGAACAGUUUGUCGACAACACUUUCUCUACUCACAUGUUCCGUUUUCUUUGUCGUUUUUUGUAUCUUUGACACGUCGACGUAACCGUAACAGUAGAAAAAGAAUAGCUAGCUUCAAAGUCAAACUAACCAAUCAGAUCGCAUACCCCGCCCCCCCCCCCAACCUGGGUUUAUAUAGCAUUCACGUGACACGCCCCACCCCCCCCCUGCAGGUCAACACACAGAAAGAAAGGUUUCGUUACUUCAUGGGUCAUUUUGCCAGUUAACCUGUAAACACCUGCAUGCGUUUGUGGGACAUGCACACUUGUACUCUCAUUUAGACGUUCUCUAAAAUGUCACCUAAUUACACUCGUGUGUUCAUUUAUCAGCAGUAUUGAUGUCAAAUGUGAAUAUCGUCAGCGGAGACUGGAAAAUGUUUUCGGAAGCUGACAAAAAAACAUUUUGUCCGAUUUUUUUGUUUAUUUCACUUUUUAUUUAUUUUGUAUUUUUUGAAUUUUGUCUACCAACGUUGUUUCUUCACAUGUAAACGAUUUUGACAGAAGCCGGUCUGGUUUUUAAUCAUAAAAUGUGUCUGUGUUUUAAAA